AUGAAAAAGCUUAGCCAACCUCGACCGACCAGAACCGAGGACAACUAUGGUUACUUGCGUUGGAACAAAGCGUCCCAGUCCUUGUUCGAUCUUUUCGGCAUUCGUAUCAACCCAGACCCAAACCCCUCGGAAGUAGCCCGAUUACCCGAAAUCAGAUUUGCGUUGAUGUACAUUAGGAACGUGUACAAGGCUAUUGCACAACAUGGCUUCGAGACCAGGCACCACCAGGAUCCAGUUCUGCGACCGAAGCUCUUCUGUGGAGACAAGUUUGCUACUAAAGUCAAGGAAGGGGCGGAGAUUCCAGAUUUGACGCCCAACUCGGUCCGGAUGAAGUUACUCCUGUCGCUUGAUCCCGGCGAUCAAAUUUCCUCAUCCUGGAAGAUCGGCCCAGGAGAUGGUCUGAAAGGAAUACGACCGUGGGUCACGGAAUGGCAGCACGAUGCGAGAUAUUCAAAUGAUCUCUGGUGCAAUGAAUUCGGAGGCGCAGGAACAGUCUUUCUGCACAGCUAUGUUUACAUUUGCGAGUCUAGCUUCCACGCUCCAGCUACGAUCAAUCACGCAGCGCUUCUCUAUAACGGGAACAGUCACGCGAAAACCCUACAAAAUGGAACACGUCUGGAUGGAGUAGAGGGACUGAGCACCCUUUUGCUACAUGAGCUUCUGCGCCUUUAUCUGCACCUUUAUGACCUUUUUUACAUCAUGGCUGAUGAACAUACAUACCAUAACAUGCUGCCGCCGAACAAACCCCAACAUGAACUUGGAAGACACCUCUACGGGUACGAACAGUCAUACAUGUUGGCGAGAUUAUACCCGAUGAACGCCGCGAUGACGGGAGUCAUCCACAGAUAUAUCACUCUGCAGACUGUCGACACGUACGUGAUGUUCGCAAUGUCAAUGCUAUUCGAGGACUUCACCUUUGAAGGAGUCGGGGGCUGGGCAAAACCCCUUCCAGCGCUCCGACCACCGGCCGUCCAAUCAGCAGGUCAAGAGCACUCGAGAUUUCAGUCACGGACCCGGAAGCUUCAGGUUCCUCAGGCCCUAUCUUAUCGUCCUGCGCCGCCGCUCCCAGAACCCCCAGGCCCAUCAGAACGCACACUUCGGAUUCUUACUUACACGGUGUUUGGGCUUACUGUUCUCAUGAUUCUAUGGAUGUCAUGCCACCUACGAAGUUGA